AUGAAGAUCCAGCUCGCCGUUUUAGCACCGUUGCGGAGACCCGGCACAAAUUUGCAGAAGAGCACAUCCGGUGAGGAGCGAGAGAUGAAGGAGAGCACCGGCCUCAUUGUGGAGAGACCCCAGAGUGCCACAGCAAUCAAAGGGAAAAACAUAACGUUUGUGGCCAAGGUGGACUCCUCAAAACUUCUAAGGAAGCCGGUGUUCAAGUGGCUGAAAGGGAAGUGGUUGGACCUGGGCAGCAAAGCGGGCAAACACCUGCAGUUUAAAGAAACCUAUGACAGGAACAACAAGAUCUACACGUAUGAGAUGACCAUUGUGAAGGUGGUGGAAGCAGAUGCGGGAAGUUAUCGCUGUGAGGUCACAGGCAAGGACAAGUGCGACAGCUGGGCUUUUGACAUCACUGUAGAAGCUGCACAAGAGGCUCAGCAAACCAACAUUCUGGAGGCCUUCAAACGAUCGGGAGAAGCAGGAGAGGACGCUGGAGACUUGGAUUUCAGUGGUCUACUUAAGAAAAGAGAACGGAAGCAGAAGGAGGAGCCCCAGGAGGAAGUGGAUGUGUGGGAGAUCCUGAAGAAAGCAAAACCCUGUGACUAUGAGAAGAUCGCUUUCCAGUACGGGAUCACAGACCUGAGGGGAAUGCUGAAGAGACUGAAGAUGAUGAAGAAGGUGGAGCAGAAAAAGAGUGAAGCCUUCCUGAAGAAGUUGGAUCCUGCGUACUCGGUAGAAAAAGGGAAGAAGAUCCAGCUGUGUGUGGAGCUGGCCGAUCCCAACCAGCAGGUCAAGUGGCUGAAAAAUGGCCAGGAGAUCAAACCUUCAGCAAAGUACAUAUUCGAGAGCAUCGGUGGAAUCCGAAAACUCACCAUCAACAAGUGCACGCUGUCAGAUGACGCUGCGUACGAGUGUGUGGUCGAUGAGGAAAAGUGCUUCACCGAGGUCUUCGUGCAAGAGCCUCCAGUCACCAUCACUAAGUUGCUGGAUGAUAUCCAUGUUGUGGUUGGAGAGAAAGUGGAGUUCGAGGUGGAAGUGUCUGAGGAAGGAGCCAACGUCAAGUGGAUGAAGGAUGGAGUGGAAUUGUCUCGGGAUGGAAAGUAUCGAAUCAAGAAGGAAGGCACCAAACACUGGCUGAUCAUCAACGAGGCCACCAAGGAUGACAUCGGGAUGUACCAUGUCUACACCAGUGGGGGGGAGUCCAAGGGAGAGCUGGAGGUGGAAGAUAAGGAGCUGGAGGUGCUUCAGAGUAUCGCUGACCUGACCCUGAGGGCCGCUGAGCAGGCUGUGUUCAAAUGCGAGGUUUCUGAUGAGAAGGUGACAGGAAAGUGGUUUAAGAAUGGAGAGGAAGUUGUUCUGAGUGACCGCAUCAAAGUGUCACACAUCGGCAGGAUCCACAAAUUGACGAUUGAUGACGUGAAGCCAGAGGAUGCAGGAGAUUACACCUUCGUUCCUGACGGCUACGCCAUCUCUCUUUCAGCCAAACUCAACUUCAUAGAAAUCAAGAUUGAAUAUGUUCCACAUCAGGAGCCUCCAAAAAUCCACCUGGACACCACGGGCAACAUGGUGAACAAGAACACCAUCAUUGUAGUGGCAGGAAAUAAACUGCGUCUGGAUGUGGAGAUCACCGGAGAACCAGCGCCCACUGUCUGCUGGAAAAAAGGAGACACUGAGAUAACGGCCACAGAAGGACGAGUGCGUGUGGAGCACAGGAAGAACCUGAACAGUUUUGUGAUUGAGGGAGCAGAAAGGUCAGAUGAAGGACCUUACAGCAUCACCGUCACCAAUCCUGUAGGAGAAGACAAGGCCGAGGUCACCAUCAGGAUCGUUGAUGUUCCAGAUCCACCAGAGAACGUGCACUGUACUGGGGUGGGUGAGGACUCCGCCUCUGUCCUCUGGGACCCGCCCAAAUUUGAUGGUGGCUCACUGCUUAAAGGUUACCUGAUGGAGAGGAGGAAGAAAGGCUCGUCCAGGUGGACCAAGCUGAACUUUGACAUCCAUGAGUCGACUGUUUACGAAGUGAAGAAGAUGAUAGAGGGCGUUAUGUACGAGAUGAGGGUGUUCGCUGUUAACAGCAUUGGGAUCUCCCAGCCCAGCGAAGUCUCCAAACCCUUCAUGCCUAUUGCCCCGACGAGCGAGCCGACCCGCCUGAUGGUUGAUGACAUCACAGACAACACGUGUGCGCUACGGUGGCUUCCCCCAGAGAGGAUCGGUGCCGGCGGUGUGGACGGCUACAUCAUCGAAUACUGCCUUGAAGGAGGGAACGAGUGGGUGCAGGCCAACGAGACUCCCGUGGAUAAGACCAGUUAUCGUAUUCGAGACCUGAAGGUUGGAGAUAAAUACCUGUUCAGAGUGAAAGCGGUGAACAUCGCAGGCCUGAGCCCACCGGCUGAGAUCAAUCAAGGAGUCACCAUCCAGGAAAUCACUGAGAACCCCAGGAUCCGUCUGCCUCGCCAGUUAAGGACUAAGUUCAUCAAGAAGGUUGGGGAGAAGGUCAACAUCGUUAUUCCUUUUCAGGGAAAACCUCAUCCCGUAGUGAGAUGGUUUAAGGAUGACGAUCUGUUGGAUCUAAAACUGGUCAACAUCCGCACCACUGAGGUGGACACCAUCCUGUUCAUCAGGAGCGCCACCCGGGAACACUCAGGAAAAUAUACCCUCUCUGUCCAGGUUGAGAACAUGGAGGACAGAGCCACCGUUGAGAUCCAGGUUGUUGAGAAGCCCGGGUUUCCUGUCGCCGUCACCGUGACUGACGUGUGGGGUUUUAACGCCGCCCUCGAGUGGAAGCCACCCAAAGACAAUGGCAACACUGAGAUCACGGGGUACACCAUCCAGAAAGCUGACAUGAAGACCAAGGAAUGGUUCACGGUGUAUGAACACAACCGCAGGCCGAGCUGCACCGUCUCCGACCUCGUGAUGGGUAACGAGUACACCUUCCGCGUGUUCAGCGAGAAUAUCUGCGGCCUGAGCGAGGAGGCGGGGCUUAGCAAAAACACCGCCGUCAUCCCCAAAGCAGGACUUCAGUAUAAGGCAAAACCAUUUAAAGAGUUGGACAUGAACAGCUCCCCCAAGUUCAUCACGCCUCUAGUGGACAGAUGCGUCAUUGCAGGGUACAGCGCAGCCAUCAGCUGUGCAGUUCGUGGCUCUCCCAAGCCUAAGAUCAUCUGGAUGAAGAACAAGAUGAUAAUCGGUGGUGACCCGAAGUUCAUCAUGCAGAACAACCAGGGCGUGCUGACCCUGAACAUCCGCAAGCCCGGCCUGUUUGAUGGAGGCAUGUACACAUGCAGGGCCGUCAACGACUUGGGCGAGGAUCAGGUGGAGUGCAAGCUGGAGGUCCGAGUCGUAAUGGAGAAGGGAGUCGAGAAGAAAUGAAGAGUGCAACGUCAAAACAAUGGAGAUGAAAUUACAGUAGAGAACUUAUACGAGUCUUAGAUGAAUGUGUGUCUCUCAACCUAAACUUUCUAAUCAGGACUGAUCUACGGCGAGAUUAUUGUGGUUUGAGACGUGUAUUUGCUUUAUUAUGAAUGCACUCAGGAUAUUACACGUCAUUUGUGUGUGUGUGUGUGUGUGUGUGUGUGUGUGUGUGUGUGUUUGUGUGUUCAGAAGCUUCGUGAUUUUUAUGCAAAUGUUCAUCAGCAUGCAUUAAUGAAGCCUGAACGACACGAGGAACGACAUCGCCGACAGAUUUAUGCCCUGAAAACCAACAGAAAAAUAAAGCAAUACAAUGUACAACUCGGA